AUGGCGGCGGCCAGUGCGCAGACAUGGGAUGAGAAACAUGAAGUGAAUAACCAUGGCGCCGACAACAUUGUCAAUGGCGACCUUCACUAUCAGCAAGAGAGGUCUGAGCACUCAUCACCACACGACGCGCCCGAAGUCUACGAUGGGAAGAAUGGCGGGGAUGUUUCGGCACCGACGACGACUGCUCAGCCGACAGACGCCGACAACGAGAAGCUGCAGCGCAAGGACAGCAGCGAUGGCCAUCACCUGAAAGAGACUCUCAGGCAGGAUAAGGGUCCGGCGGGAGGUUUCGACAAGACACCAAUACCGAAGCGACCCAAUGGCUACACGAUCAAAAUCACCAUCCACCGAGCGGAGAAUCUGCCCAUGGCCGAUAUCAACGGCUUCUCGUCAGAUCCAUAUUGUAUUACACAGAUCAACACCGACACGCCGCGCCGACACAAGGAGGAUCCGAAGCUGCGAUGGAGGACGCCGACAAUCCGCAAGAGCACUGAGCCGACGUGGGACGAUGAGUGGAUUGUUGCAAAUGUGCCGGCGUCAGGCUGCAAGCUGAAGGUUCGCAUCUACGAUGAGGAUCCAGCCGAUGCGGAUGAUCUGCUUGGAAGAGCACACAUCUCCAUACCGGAGCUGUACGAGGGCUGGGGAGGCAUCCGCAAUCGAGGCUUCAAGCUUCUUGCGUAUGGCGGCAGCAACCGGGCAUAUCUUCUGCAGGCAGUCACGACUUGUUUUAGGGAGAACAAGCACUUUCGCGGAUACCUGUACUUGAGUGUUGAAAUGCUUGGACGCACGAAAGCGGACGGACAGAACGGCAGGCUGUAUACUGUGGGUCCAUGCAGAUGGGUUCGACAUUACAGUCCCAUGCUCGGCCGAAUCGUUAACAUCAAGGAGCCGGACCAGGCAGAUGAUGAUCGUGGACGAACUCAGAGUCGGCAGGGCAAUGGCCAGAAGAAGAAGUCGGAGCAGUAUAACUUUCGGGCCAACCAAUUUCAGCUUCAAGGUCCAGUUCCCGCAGAGCUCUACCACCGCUUUGUGGAAUUUAAGCCUUGGGUCGGACGCAUGUUCACGAGCAAAGGCAUCUCCGGUGUCUUGAUGGGCAAAGCGCUCCACCACCAGCACACGCGAGUCUAUAACUUCGGCCGCUCUACUGUCUGGGGUCAUCUCCCGCAAGGGCCUUGCGAGGAAAUGACGAGAAAGUUCCUCGACCUCGUCCACUACGAUCAAGGAGGACGCAUCUUCACCUACGUACUCACCCUGGACGCCCUCUGGCGCUUCACUGAGACUGGCAAGGAGUUUGGUAUCGACAUGUUGUCCAAGCACACUAUGCACAGCGACGUCUCCAUUUAUAUAGCAUUCUCUGGGGAGUUCUUCAUCAGGCGGCUUAAGCACCCACGUAGCCCACCUCCACCAGACCCAGCUGAGAGCUCAAGCCAAGCACAUCCGCCCACCCGUGAAGAGAACCCUGAGCACCCGCCCCAGGACAUUGGCGAUGGUCCACCAGAUUCCGACCCUCCCAAGCAUCCCAACCAUUACGAACUCGUCAUCGACAACGACAGUGGCACGUACCGCCCCAACGCAGAUAUGCUUCCCCUCCUUAAGAAGUUCCUCGCGCACAAUCUGCCUGGCCUCCACAUCCUCGUUCUUGACUGCAACAAAGACGCGGAGAAACAGCAGCGCAUGAAGAAGGAACAACGCGAGAAGAAGAAGAAGGAAGGUGAUCAGAUCAUCUAUACCCAAGGCUCCCGAGACUCCUCAGUCUCUAGCUCGGACGAGGAGGAUCUGGAUCGCAUACAGGCUGAUUUGAUUGAUGAGGAUGCGGUCGCACAUGAACACGGUGCCUUCUCGCAGGCUGCCAAAGACGCGAAGUUGAAGAACCAGGCCAAGUUGCAGAAGUUCAAGAACACUUAUGGAGGGGUUAAGCGAGAGGGCGUGGAUCUCAACGAGGAUGAGACGCCUGCCGAUGCACUCAAAGGGCAGGGCCCGUUAGGUGCGGGGGAUCAUCACUAA